AUGACUACGUCUUACCUACUUCCUGCGAACACCUUGGUACUUGUUACAGGUGCCAAUGGCUUCAUAGCGUCUCAUAUCAUCGACCAGUUGCUUGAUAAAGGCUUCAAAGUCCGGGGCACAGUUCGUGCUCCUAAGCCAUGGCUCAAUGCCUUUUUUGAUGAGAAACAUGGGAAAGGGCACUUUGAAACCCUGGUUGUCACAGACCUCGGGGAUGCCCAACAAUUGGAAAAUGCAAUGCAGGGAGUUGGAGGUGUCAUCCAUGUGGCAUCUGAUGUGUCUUUCAGUGUGGACCCUCAUGCCGUCAUUCCCUGGGUGACGGAUGCUGUGCGCAAGGUUCUUGAAGCUGCAUCUAAGACUGAAACCAUUCAAAGGGUUGUUCUUACUUCAUCGUCACGAGCUGCCUAUAUGUCUUCGCGCGGUAGCACCAAGGGUGUUCGUAUAGACGAAAAUACUUGGAACGAGGAAUCAAUCAAAGCAGCAUGGGAUCCAACGACCCCGGAGGACGCCAAAGCCUUUGCUGUGUAUUCUGCGUCUAAAGCAGAAGGUGAGAAGGCCGCAUGGGCAUGGAUGAGAGACAAUCAACCUCAUUUUGAAUUCAACACAGUGCUUCCCGACUUAAAUAUUGGAAGGAUUCUUCAUCCGGAGAUUGCUGGCUCGAGCAUGGGCUUUGUACGUACGCUUCUCAAAGGAGAUACUACCUCGUUCGAGAUUUUCCCUCCGCUGUGGUAUGUUGAUGUUGAAGACACCGCUCGUCUCCAUGUGAUCGCGCUGCUCAGUCCCGAUGUGAAAUCUCAAAGGCUCUUUGCCUUUGCAGCAUCAAAGAAUUGGACCGACUAUGUUCAAACUCUUCGCAAACUGCGACCCGACAAUAAAUUGAUCCCAGAACCUCCUGCGAAUGACCCACAUGAUGAAACGGAUGUCGUUCCGGCCCAUAAAUCCGAGACAUUACUCAAAGAUUUCUUGGGCAGGCCAGGUUGGACUCCAUUUGAUGAAAGUCUCGCCGCUGGUAUAGAAGGGUUGGAAUAG